CACGUGAUGGAUUUGAAGGAGGAAGACGACAGUGGACACGAAACUGGCAGACAAUUGUUCCUCGUCGGGGCGCCCCGUGAUCCGUUGGUGUCCGCCGGAGCGAUCGUGGCCUCGGCCGGGGCACCGGACGAGAUCAACCCCGGUGGAGAUCUACAGUCGACUGCACUGGCUGGUCUGAUAGGCGCGCAAUCUUCCUCGGUUUGCUUUCCGACAAAAUUCACGUACGACUUCUCACCAAGUCCAGGCAGCGAGGACAGACAGUCGUCCGGCGUAGGUAAGAGGAAACAACGCAGAUACCGCACCACAUUCACGAACUUUCAGUUGGAGGAGCUGGAGAGAGCGUUUCAGAAGACCCAUUAUCCUGAUGUGUUCUUUCGGGAAGAGCUUGCGCUGCGUAUACAAUUGACAGAAGCCAGAGUGCAAGUGUGGUUCCAAAACAGACGGGCGAAGUGGCGGAAACAAGAGAAACAGUGUAAAGUGACCACUCACUUGCCUUCCCAUUUGCCACCAUCCGACUGUCAAGAGGUACAACAGCAACACCAGCAGCAACAACAACAGCAACAACAACAAUCGGAUCACUUGCUACUGGAACCACCACUGGGAAGCCCACCGCCCAUAUAUCUUGGCAUGGAAUGGGCUGGCUUUUCACCAUACAGUAAUGCUGCCACUGCGUCACCACUUGUGGUCAACAGUAUGAACAAGGCACUGGAAUCGGAGACAGAUGACAAUCCUCUGCUGGACCCUGAGUUGUUACAACUGAAAACUCCACGUUCCUAA